CAUCACAAGGUGCUCUCGCAGGCGGUCAUGUAAAAGCUGGUGACCGACUUCCAGUGGCUCGAACUCCAGUCUCAUAGCUGUAAAGCCUAUGGAGAUUCGUGUGCAUGGUGCUGGCCUGGACCGGACUAGUAACUUUCUGGAUUCCGCUCAUUCUUGAAUUAUUUACCCUUCAUGCCGUAUUGGAACGAAACCCACAACCACAGAGGGGAACGUCUUUCAUACACUCUGGGUAAAGACUGAUAUUUACCGUACAAUCGACGAAGUUGCUGUCGCGCACAAGAAGAUUAGACUGGUCAUUGUGGCGACUCCGAACGACACCAUUAUCUGCUGCCCAUGAACCAGGCAAGCACGGUACGUGCAAACACUAUCUCGCUGAAAUCUGUUUCGCAAUUUGUUGCGCAUUUUCUGCAGUCCCUGUGGUAAAACCUGUCACGAAGACGACAGAACAAGUCAAGUCCCUGGAGAAUGUUGCAGCGGAAAAAGGACUCGUCCUCUGUGGUUUUCAGAAUAGUCACAGCGUUGGGAUUCGGAUCAUCUAACACUCGAACCCCCCCCUCCAUGCCCCCUCUGACUUCCCCUCGAUGUAUCGGAGAUCUGAGCGAAUAUGAGUUACAUUAUGACCAGUUCAGGCCAGGCACUGGGCUCUCAUGGAAAAACAGCGCCAGGGCAAUGUAUGACCUUGGCUGGCAUCUUUCAGAUGAAGUACCUGUUUGGUCUUUCAGCAAAGGUCUCAGCCUUUCUUUAUAAUAUACGCAGCUAUACCAAGCCAGAAAUUGAUGACUCGGUGAACCCUGCCCUUUGUCACUUUGUCCGCGCCUUUAUCUCAGAAUACCAUACAGUUCGCUAUAUAUCUACAGUGCCACCUGCUCUUCUGCGAAGUCACUUCAACUAUGUUAUGGG